UUCUAAAAAAAAAAAAGGAAAACACCUGGAAGUGAGUGGGAAGAAAUAGUUCCAUGGAUAGCCAAAACUGGCAGGCCUUUGAGGAAUGAAAGAGUGGCUUGGAUCAAACAACCAUCAGCCUCUCCAGAAGGAUAUGGUCAUCAUUAGUGAAACCAGAUGAGAGGUCUAGGAGGGACAUAAUGACUGUACGCUUUCGAUUUCAAGCUCUCCAACAGUCCAUGAGAAUUGCAACCAAUGCCGUUUUGGUGAUCUGAACCAAGACUGAGAAGGUCCAAGUUGUCUUUCCACUUGCACAGCCCUUUCUCCAGGUGACAAAAGUCAGAGCUGCAAGCAGAGGAGGGAGAGGAUGCCAAGAAAAGCACUCUGGACAAUAGAGAAUGAGAAACAGCAUUAAAGUGCAAAAUAAACCAUCAUUCAAAAUUCCUCUGGAAAGUUUAAAGACUCUUCUUCCUCAGCAGAUGAGAGAUGGGGAAAAAGAAUAACAAGAACAACGUAAUGAGCUGGAAAAAAUAAGAGCACACUGAACUAAAAAAAAAUUAAAUGAGAAAUCGAGGAGGAUAAUAUAAAAGGAGGAUAAAGAAAAAGUGAGGAAGAACUUGAAGUCAGUAGGAAGAAAAAGGUUCCUUGUAUAGCCAAAAUUGGCAGGCAUUAGUGAAAGCCUUUGAGCAAGGAAAGAGUGGCUUGAAUCAAACAACCACCAGUCAAGAGAUCGGAAAUAUUUUUCACCGCCGCAAGAAUACAAGCAUAUCAGUGUUGGAAAACCCCCGCAGACUGCAUAAUGUGGGAAAAACACAGAUUGCAGAUCACAUCUGAUUCUGCACAACAGGAUCCAUCCAGUGAAAAGCCAUGCGAAAGCUUUUCUCCGGAAAGUUUCCUCAUGAUUCAUGGAAGAACCCAUACUGGAGAGAAGCUCUACCAGGGGACUGACACUGGGGAGAAACUCUUUGACUGUCCAGUUUUUGGGGAAAGUUUCAAUCAAAAUUCCAACCUGGUGGAACACCAGACGACACACACAGGAGAGAAAUCAUAUAAAUGUUCUGUUUGUGGGAAAUGUUUCAGUCAGAGUUCCUACCUAGUGAAACACCAGAGGACUCACACAGGAGAAAAACCUUAUCAGUGCCAGGAUUGUGGGAAACGUUUCAUUCAGAGUUCCUCCCUGGUGAAACACAAGUGGACUCACACAGGAGAAAAACCAUAUGAGUGCCUGAAUUGUGGGAAGAGAUUUCGUUGGAAUUCCAACCUGGUGGAACACCACAGGACACACACAGGAGAGAAACCGUAUAAAUGUAGUGAUUGUGGAAAAGGUUUCAAGCAGAGUUCUAAGCUUGUGAUACACCAGAGAACUCACACAGGAGUAAAACCAUUUCAAUGUCCGGAUUGUGGAAAAAGUUUCAGUCAGAAUUCCAACCUGAUGAUACACCAGAGAACUCACACUGGAGAAAAACCGUAUCAGUGUCUGGAUUGUGGGAAAAGUUUCCAGCAGAAUUCUAAGCUUGUGAUACACCAGAGGACUCACACGGGAGAGAAACCAUAUGAGUGUCCAGAUUGUGGGAAAGGUUUCAAUUGGAGUUCCAAGUUGGAAGUACACCAGAGGAUUCACAGUGGAGAAAAACCAUUUGGGUGCCUGGAUUGUGGGAAAAGUUUCCAGCAGAAUUCUGAGCUUGUAAUGCACCAGGUGACUCACACGGGAGAGACACCAUAUGGGUGUCCAGAUUGUGGGAAACGGUUCAGUCAUAAUUCGGACCUGGUGAUACACCAAAAGACUCACACUGGAGAAAAACCAUAUGAGUGCCCGGAUUGUGGGAAAAGUUUCCAGCAGAAUUCUAAGCUUCUGAUACACCGGAGGCGUCACACGGGAGAGAAACCAUAUGAGUGUCCAGAUUGUGGGAAAGAUUUCAGUAUCCGGUCUAGCCUUGUAAAUCAUAUAAGGGUACACACAGGGGAGAAACCAUAUGAGUGUCCAGUUUGUGGGAAAGAUUUCAAUAUCAAGUCUACCCUUAUAAAUCAUGUAAGGUUACACACAGGAGAGAAACCAUAUGAGUGUCCAGAUUGUGGGAAAAGUUUCAGUAUCAGGUCUAGCCUUAUGAAUCAUGCAAGGCUACACACAGGGGAGAAGCCAUUCAAGUGUCUAGAUUGUGGGAAAGAUUUCAGUAGUAAGUCUAGCCUUAUAAAUCAUGUAAGGUUACACACGGGGGAGAAACCAUUCGAGUGUCCAGAUUGUGAGAGAGAUUUCAGUAGUAAGUCUAGCCUUAUAAAUCAUGUAAAAACUCAUACUGGAGAGAAGCUCUACCAGUGCUCCCAAUGUGGCAAAAGGUUUAGCAUUCAUUCCAAUCUGGUGACACACCAGAGAACUCACACUGGGGAGAAACGAUUUGAAUGUCCUGUUUGUGGGCGAAGUUUCAGUCAAAAGUCUCACCUGGUGGAACACCAGACGACACACACAGGAGAGAAACCAUAUAAAUGUUCUGUUUGUGGGAAAAGUUUCAGUCUAAAUUCCAACCUGGUGAAACACCAGACAACUCACACAGGAGAAAAACCUUAUCAGUGCCUGGAUUGUGGGAAACGUUUCAGUCAGAAUUCCUGCCUAGUGAAACACCAGAGGAAUCACACAGGAGAAAAACCGUAUAAGUGCCUGGAUUGUGGAAAAAGUUUCCGUUGGAAUUCCAACCUGGUGGUACACCACAGGACACACACAGGAGAGGAACCGUAUAAAUGUAGUGAGUGUGGAAAAGGUUUCAAGCAGAGUUCUAAGCUUGUGAGACACCAGAGAACUCACACAGGAGGAAAAUCAUUGCAGUGUCCGGAUUGUGGGAAAUGUUUCAGUCAAAAUUCUCACCUGGUAAAACACCAGACAACACACACAGGAGAGAAACCAAAUAAAUGUCAUGUUUGUGGGAAAACUUUCAUUCGGAAUUCCCAACUGGUGAUACACCAGAGAACUCACACAGGAGAUAAACCAUACCAGUGCCUGGAUUGUGGGAAACGUUUCAGUCGGAAUUCCUGCCUGGUGAAACACAAGAUGAUUCACAGUGAGGAAAAACCAUAUAAAUGUCCUGUUUGUGGGAAAAGUUUCAGACAAAAUUACAACCUGGUGGAACACCAGAAGACACACACAGGACAAAAACCAUAUAAAUGUCUUGUUUGUGGGAAACGUUUCAUUCGGAAUUCCUGCCUGGUGAUACACCAGAGAACUCACACAGGAGAAAAACCGUAUAAGUGCUUGGAUUGUGGGAAAGGUUUUAGUCAGAGUUCUAACCUAGUGAAACACCAGAGGACUCACACAGGAGAAAAACCGUAUAAGUGCUUGGAUUGUGGGAAAGGUUUCGGGCAGAAUUCCCAACUGGUGGAACACCAGAGGACACAUACAGGAGAGAAACCGUAUAAAUGUAAUGAGUGCGGAAAAGGUUUCAAGCAGAGUUCUACGCUUGUGAUACACCAGAGAACUCACACAGGAGUAAAACCAUUUCAAUGUCCUGUUUGUGGGAAAAGUUUCAGUCAAAAUUGCCAUCUGGUGGAACACCAGACCAUACACACAGGAGAGAAACCGUAUAACUGUUCCGUUUGUGGAAAAAGUUUCAGUCAGAAUUCCAACCUGGUGAUACACCAGAGAAUUCACACAGGAGAAAAACCAUAUAAGUGCCUGGAUUGUGGGAAAAGGUUCAGUCGGAAUUCAAACCUCGUGAUGCACCGGACAACUCACACUGGAGAAAAAACAUACGAGUGCCCGGAUUGUGGGAAAAGUUUCACCCGGAAUUCCCACCUGGUAGAACACCAAAGGACUCACACAGGAGAGAAACCUUAUGAAUGUCCCGAUUGUGGGAAACAUUUCAGUUAUAGGUCUAGCCUUGUAAAUCAUAUAAGGUUUCACACAGGGGAGAAACCAUAUGAAAAAAGCUCUGGGGUUCAACAGGAGAUUGCGAUAUCUCCUUCGACCUCACAGAGCGUCCCUCCUUAGCUUCACCUACAGGGUGGCUUUGGCUCUUUUUGGAGCCCACAAACAGGAGAAAACAGCACAGGAACUGAGCUGACCGUUCUCUUUGACUGUAGUUGCUGGGAUGCUCCACCACACUCUUCCAUAUGAGUGUCUUGAAUGUGGGAAAAGUUUCAGUCGGAAUUCCCUUUUGAUGAGACACUUGGAGGACUCACAUAGGAGAGAAACCUUUUGAAUGUCCCGAUUGUGGGAAAGAUUUCAGUUACAGGUCUAGCCUUAUAAUUUAUGUAAGGUUACAUAUAGGGGAGUAAUCAUUCAAACUCCCAGAUUGCAGACAGGGUUUCACACGAAGUUCACAAUCAUAACUUUUUAAGGCAAGCUGUCCCAUUGGUUGAUUAUACUGACUGUCUUAAAGUUUUCCUUAUUUCUAAGAUUCAAGAAAUUCAAGAUUUUCCUUGAAUCUUUCCUUGAUCAGUGUGCACCCAUGGUUUCUUCUCUGGCCUUCAGGUGCUUUGGAAAAUUGUUCCCCCGCUCCCUUUGUGACAGCCUCUCAAAUAUUGGAAGACUGCUAUCGUGUCACACCUGGUUCUUGUCUUUGCCAGACUAGCCGUGCCCAAUUCUUUUUUUUUAAGUUUUUUAUUAAAUAUAUAGUUAAAAACAUUGGACAUAGUGUGACUUUUCUGGUUCCAACAUUUCCAUCAUGUUUUACCUUACAACAAAUACAAUUCAUGAAUGCCCAAUUCUUGUAACUGCUCUUUAUACCUUUUAGCCUAAUAGCCUUUGAUCUCGGUUUCCUUCUACCUUUUUCUUUUCUUUCUCUAAUCUCA